GAAAACAUAAAGGGAGUGACUUUUAUUACAUGCAUACAAUGCUUGUGAAUUUAAGCAGCAUUAAAUGCCAUGUUUUAUUUGUGAUUCCCACUGUCGGCGUUUGGGUUUUUUGUGGAUCUUAAAAUAGCACUGAAGCGAUACCGGAUGUUUAUAGCAGACGGCGUUUUGUCAAAACUGUCAAAAUGGAAGAAAAAAGAAAACGCAAUCCCAACUUUUCGCUGCAAGAUUCCUUGCUUCUUACCCAAAUAAUGGGAGAGACGCAUCCCGACUUCCAUGAUAUGGACAUGUCUUUCCACAAGGUUGAUAAGGCUAGAUUCAGCAAUCGAAUCAGCAAAGCAACAAAGAAUGCACUGUGGGUGGCAGUUACUGAAAAUGUCAAUGCCAGAGCCCAGUUUAGAAGGGAGCAAUCCAUUUUGGAGAAAAAAUGGGAAAAUCUACAAAGGGAUCACAGAAAUCUGUACAUGGAUUUCCAAAGAGAAAUUUCAUUGACAGGGCGAGGUCCAAUUGGCAGAACAUUGUCUGUCCUCACAGAGGCAGUAAUUGAUGUUAUUGGAAAGCAGAGUGCGGCAGUUGUUGGGGCAGCAGGAGCAGCAUAUGACUCAACAUUGGCCUCACUUAUGCUUCCUCAACAGUUUGACCUAUGUGACAGUGAAGAAAGAUCAUCAGUAUCGGAUGGUCCAAUCUUCAAUGUAAUGGAUCUUGUUCCAGUAAAACCUUCCCAAAGAGUCCAAUCAUGUUCAACAACAACCAGUACAUUGCCAAGCCCAAAUCAAGCGCACUGUUGCUGUUGUAGUGACUCUGAAAUGAGAGCCUUAAAGAAGAGAAAACUAGAGUUGCAGAUAAAGUUUUAUGAGAGAUAACUUAAAU